UGAAACUCAUCCAGUCUAACUUGCACGUCAGCAGCAGUCCAUUCAUGCAGCGGCUUACACUUGAAUGUAAGAGACAGCUCUGAAUCAGGACAGUUCCUGAUAAACAAUACAGUAACUUCACGAAAGGGGUUAUCUAGACUUUUUCCCUGUCUCUUCAAUCCUUCCCCAGCGAUGUCGAUAACAUUGUGCAGCCUAAUCCAGUAGUCGAAUGGCUUCUAGUUUUGCAAUGGCAAUGUAGUAUAAAAAUCUGCCAAAGGCAUUCAUGAAUAGACUGUGUCACUACAGUGUUGUUUGAGCAGAUCAAAAACUGGCUUUGGACCAUUACUGAGGUCGAUCAAAUGGUUACUUCUCAGUCCAACCUUCACGACAUCACAUGCUCUGCCCUGCAACUUAGUCAGUACUUCGUCAGCUUGGUCUUUCAAGGGCACUUCACGUUUUUUUCAAAUAUACUUUUACUGCUUCCACCCACUCAUCAACAGAAAUCUUCCCCUCCCCAUCACCACUGAAAUAUGCAGGUUCAUUAACAUCAUGCUUAACGAUUAAGUUGACUUUUGACAGUUCACUCAUACUAAAACUUGAGUCAUUUUGUUUGUUCUGGCCAAAAACUCCAGUGUUUAAAUCGGCUAAUUGGACAGAAUCGUCAGAAGCUGCACAAGACUGAGACACAGUAGGUGUCUGCUCAUGUACACUUCUUGUGUGAAUAGGGGUUGAGAAACCUGGACCAAUUUGAUCAGCCCCAUCAAUCUGUAUAUGGGCAAACCUCAGUACCCCUCUCCCUCUUCCCAUACUGUUUUGACCAUAAGACACUUCCACAAUCAGCUUUUUGAGUACUUCCUACUCACUUCUUUUUUUAUAAUAUAACUAUAAAUUAAAUGUAUAACACAAACAAACAUAUAUGAGGACUCAUGCAGCUUAUAAAACUGCGUGCGGCAGCAAUGCACAGAACUGAAAAAAAAGAAAAUUGUUUAAAUAGUGAAAAAUAAUCAUCGAGGUAUCUACUUUGUAUUCUAUUUUGUAUGAUCUGUCUGACAUUAUUCAACAAAUCCUUUAAAGUUGACUGGAGAAGAUGGGUAUUAUCUGCAGGAGAGAGAGAAUAUUGAGUAACAGCAGGUAGCGCUAGAGUACUGAUGUAGUGUGUGAUCUGCUGUUAAAAGAAGAAAGAGAAAGCAGGUGUGUCUGUGCAUCACAUUCUUGUCCAGUGUGUGCUUAACAGCGAUCACAAAACCGAAAGCGUUUUAAAGACUUCUGAUUUCUCCAAAAUAACAUCUUCUCAACUACUGCGAAGACACAGGGUCCUGUUCAGGACAUGAGGAACAUCUGAUGAUCUUCAGAGACACAAAGAUCUCAGAGAAAAGAAGAAAGAGAUGAGUCUCUCAAAGAAACCGAGCUCUGUGUCUGUGAAGAGCGACCAGUCAAAAGGUAAUCCACCGGAAUUCAGUGAGGAGACACCACCAGCUACUGAAAGUGUAAGAUCAAGCUCUCAUGUGUCCAGCUUUGCAUCUGUGAAAAGUGACCGGUCAAAAGGUCAUCCACCGGAAUUCAGUAAAGAAAGUGCAUCAAAUACUCAAAGUCUUCGAUAUGAAACAUUAACUUCAGACAUCCAGAUUAACAGGAAUCACAAAAAAAUCACAGACAACCUCCUAGGAAUCUUUCAGAAUCUUGAGAAGAAAAUAAUCACAUUUCUAAAAAAUGAGCUGGAAAUGUUCAAGAAAAUAUUACAGAAAGAGAACAAGCAACAAUUUGUGGAGGAUUUUAAUGAGAACAGAUGCAGUAACAGAGAAGCAGCUCUUGAUCUCACGCUCUACUUCCUGAGAGAGAUGAAGCAAGAUAGAGCUGCUGAUUCUCUAGAAGAUGAGCUGAUCUUCAUUCAUCAGCUAAAGUGUAGCCUAAAGAAGAAGUAUAAGUGUGUGUUUGGAGGAAUCACAAAGCAAGGAGACUCUACACUUCUGAAGAACAUCUACACAGAUCUCUAUAUCACUCAGGGUUGUAGUGAACAGGUCAAUACUGAACAUGAGGUCAGACAGAUUGAAGUUGCUUCCAGACAUCACGAAACACAAGAGAAACAGAUUGAGUGCAAAAAUUUGUUUGAAGCAUCUGAACAAGAUGAGCAGAUCAGAACUGUACUGACAAAAGGAGUCGCUGGCAUCGGAAAAUCAGUCUCUGUGCAGAAGUUUGUUCUGGAUUGGGCCGAAGGAAAAGAAAAUCAAGACAUCAGCUUCAUAUUUCCUCUUCCAUUCAGAGAGAUGAACUUAAAGGAGAAAGAAAAACUAAGUUUGAUGGACCUUUUAACUCAGUUUUUCCCAGAGACGAAAGGUCUGAAUCUUACGAGAAGAAAUCAUUUCAAAGUCCUGUUCAUUCUUGAUGGAUUGGAUGAAUGUCGACUUCCUCUAAACUUUAAGGAUAAUGAGAUAUUGUGUGAUGUUUCAUCAGCAGCCUCUCUGGAUGUUCUCCUAACAAACCUCAUCAAGGGAAAUCUGCUUCCUUCUGCUCUCAUCUGGAUCACCACCAGACCAGCAGCUGCCAGUAAGAUUCCUCCUGAAUGUAUUGAGCUGCUGACAGAGAUAAGAGGAUUCAAUGAUGCACAAAAGGAGGAGUACUUCAGAAAAAGAUUCACGGAUCAGAAUCAGGCCAAAGAAAUCAUCGAUCAUGUUAAACAAUCAAAGAGUCUCUUUAUCAUGUGCCACAUCCCAGUCUUCUGCUGGAUUUCUGCCACAGUUCUCCAGAACAUUUUAGAAGAGAAAGGAAAAAAUGUCAUGAAAAUUAAUGAGUCUGAAGAUGCCUCCAAAACACUACAGGAGUCAAAUACUGAAGACACUCCUAAGACUCUGACACAAAUGUACACACACUUUCUUAGAUUUCAGAUCCAACAGAGCAGAAGAAAGUAUGAUGGAGAACACACACCAGAUGUUUCCUGGGAUAAAGUUGCCAUCUUUUCACUGGGGAAACUGGCAUUUGAUCAGCUGGAAAGAAACAAUGUGGUCUUCUAUGACACAGAUCUGGAAGCCUGUGGUAUUGACGUCAAUAAGGCAUCAGUGUACUCAGGCAUGUGUACCCAGAUCUUUAAGGAGGAAACAGGGAUCGUUCUUGGUACCAUGUACUGCUUCGUUCACUUGAGCAUUCAAGAGUUUAUUGCAGCUCUUUAUGCUCAUCUGUUUCUGGACCUCAACAAAAAAAGUGUGUUUGAUCAAGACUCUACACAAGAAAACACAAGUGAAAUUGAUUUCCUUAAGACUGCAGUGGACAAGGCUCUAGAGAGUGAUAAUGGACACCGAGAUCUUUUUCUUCGAUUCCUCCUUGGUUUGUCACUCCAGUCCAAUCAGAGACUCUUACAGGGUCUGUUGACACAGAAAAAUAGAAAUGACCAGAGCAAAAAAGAAAUAGUUGAGUACAUCAAGCAGAAAUUUGAAGCUAAUCUGUCUCCAGAGAGAUCCAUCAAUCUGUUCUACUGUCUGAAUGAACUGAACGACCAAACUCUGGUGAAAGAGAUUCAGACCCACCUUAACAAAGGAAGUCUCUCAUCUGCUGACCUUUCACCUGCCCAGUGGUCUGCUUUGGUCUUUGUGUUGUUGACAUCAGAGGAGGAGCUGGAGGAGUUUGAGCUUCAGAAAUUCAAGAAAUCAGACGAGUGUCUCAUUAGGUUAUCAGCAGUCAUCAAAACCUCCAAAAGAGCUCUGCUAAAUGAUUGUGGUUUAACAGACAAAAGCUGUUCAGCUCUGGCUUCAGUUCUUGAAUCAGAUUCCAGUCUGAAAGAGCUGAACAUGAACAAUAAUAAUCUGCAGGAUUCAGGAGUGAAGCUGCUCUGCACUGGACUGAAGGAUAUUAAUUGUACAUUAGAGAUACUGAGGCUAAAUGAUUGUGGUUUAACAGACAAAAGCUGUUCAGCUCUGGCUUCAGUUCUUGAAUCAGAUUCCAGUCUGAAAGAGCUGAACAUGAACAAUAAUAAUCUGCAGGAUUCAGGAGUGAAGCUGCUCUGCACUGGACUGAAGGAUAUUAAUUGUAAAUUAGAGAUACUGAGACUCUCAGACUGCAGUAUCAGUGAAGAAGGUUAUAAAGCUCUGUCUUCAGCUCAGAUCAAACCUUCACACCUGAUAGAGCUGGAUCUCAUAGGAAAUGAUCCUGGAUCAUCAGGAGUGAAGAAGCUCAGUGUUUUACUUCAGGAUCGUAACUGUCAACUAAACACACUGAGGUUUUUGGGUCCUGCUGCAGAUGAAGGCUGUCAGUAUGUGACUGGAAUCGUGGGUAAAAACCCGUUACUCCUGAAAGAGCUGAAUCUGAGUGGACAUAAACUAGGAGACACACGAGUGAAUCAGAUCUCUGCUCUACUGCAGGAUAAACACUGUCAGAUCAACACACUGAAGCUAAAUGAUUGUGGUUUAACAGACAAAAGCUGUUCAGCUCUGGCUUCAGUUCUUGGAUCAGAUUCCAGUCUGAAAGAGCUGAACAUGAACAAUAAUAAUCUGCGGGAUUCAGGAGUGAAGCUGCUCUGCACUGGACUGAAGGAUAUUAAUUGUACAUUAAAGAUACUGAGGUUGUGUGAUUGUGGUUUAACAGAGGAAAGCUGUUCAGCUCUUGCUACAGUCCUGAUAUCAAAUUCCAGUCUGAAAGAGCUUGACAUGAGCAACAAUAAUCUGCAGGAUUCAGGAGUCAAGAAACUCAAGAACGCUUUAGAAAAUACAGAAUGCACAUUGGAGAACCUCAGACUCUCAGACUGCAGUAUCAGUGAAGAAGGUUAUAAAGCUCUGUCUUCAGCUCUGAGAUCAAACCCAUCACACAUGAUAGAGCUGGAUCUCAUAGGAAAUGAUCCUGGAUCAUCAGGAGUGAAGGAGCUCAGUGAUUUACUUCAGGAUCCUAACUGUCAACUAAACACACUGAGGCUAAAUGAUUGUGGUUUAACAGACAAAAGCUGUUCAGCUCUGGCUUCAGUUCUUGAAUCAGAUUCCAGUCUGAAAGAGCUGAACAUGAACAAUAAUAAUCUACAGGAUUCAGGAGUGAAGCUGCUCUGCACUGGACUGAAGGAUAUUAAUUGUAAAUUAGAGAUACUGAGGCUAAAUGAUUGUGGUUUAACAGACAAAAGCUGUUCAGCUCUGGCUUCAGUUCUUGAAUCAGAUUCCAGUCUGAAAGAGCUGAACAUGAACAAUAAUAAUCUGCAGGAUUCAGGAGUGAAGCUGCUCUGCACUGGACUGAAGGAUAUUUAUUGUACAUUAAAGAUACUGAGACUCUCAGACUGCAGUAUCAGUGAAGAAGGUUAUAAAGCUCUGUCUUCAGCUCUGAGAUCAAACCCUUCACACCUGAUAGAGCUGGAUCUCAUAGGAAAUGAUCCUGGAUCAUCAGGAGUGAAGGAGCUCAGUGAUUUACUUCAGGAUCCUAACUGUCAACUAAACACACUGAGGUUUUUGGGUCCUGCUGCAGAUGAAGGCUGUCAGUAUGUGACUGGAAUCGUGGGUAAAAACCCGUUACUCCUGAAAGAGCUGAAUCUGAGUGGACAUGAACUAGAAGACACACGAGUGAAUCAGAUCUCUGCUCUACUGCAGGAUAAACACUGUCAGAUCAACACACUGAAUCUGUAUAGAUGCAGUAUUACAGAGAAACAGAGUCUCAUCCUGACUUCAGCUCUGAAAUCAAACCCAUCACACCUGAGAGAACUGAACCUGAGCUUGAAUGAACUCAGAGACUCUGGAGUGAAACACCUCAGUGAUCUACUGAUGAACACACAAUUCAAGCUGGAGAAACUACAUCUGUAUGGAUGCAGUAUUACAGAGAAACAGAGUCUCAUCCUGACUUCAGCUCUGAAAUCAAACCCAUCACACCUGAGAGAACUGAACCUGAGCUGGAAUGAACUCAGAGACUCUGGAGUGAAACACCUCAGUGAUCUACUGAUGAACACACAAUUCAAGCUGGAGAAACUACAUCUUUAUGACUGUGGCAUUACAGAUGUUUCUUCUUUAACUCAGUGUUUGACAAAAACAGAAACACUGCAGUUUCUAAAAGAGCUUGAUCUGAGGUUUAAUGAGAUCAGAGACUCAAAGCAGCAGCUCAUUGAUGUGCUACGAGACUCAAACUGUAAACUGAGUGUAGAUCAAGAUCAAGAUCCAUCACAAGAAAUCCCUGAUAGAGUUUCAUCACAAGAAUUACCUGAAAGAGUUCAGUCACUGAAAAAUGAUAAAUGCUGUAUAUCAUAGUUUGAGAUCAUCUUGAGAGGAGCUGUAAACAUCAGAUGAAGAUCCACAGAAGAGCUUCACUAUGUGUCUAUGAGGAGAAAUAAAUGUGUGAUAAAUGUUUAAAUAUGAUUCAUACAGGUGUAGAGACUCAGACUUUACAAUCAAAUAAUGCAGCAUAUGUGUUAGAAACAUGAUAUUGAAUGAUUAAUAUUGAUUUAAUAUUCAACCUAAUGCUCAUGUUUAAUUUAAAAGCUGAAGUGAGUCGGUCUGGCUCUUCAGUUUCGUAAUAUUUGUAUUAAAAAAGGUUUGGUUGUUUUACUUCAAUGAAUGUUUAAAAAUUUGCAUAUUUUGAAUACACCUAUAUUAACCAUUAAGAGUUUUCCUCAAACUCCCAGCUUGCUGCUUCCUGUGUCACAGACUCUUCUGUUGUUGUUUUUAUGUUCCUCGUUCUCUAUGUGACCUACUUUCUGUUGAUUGUCAUCAUGUUCAGGUGUGUCUUGUUCAUUACGUCAUCAUGUCUUCCCAAUAUAACUUCCUGUUUUUUUUUAGUGUUAAUGGUCCGCUCUUCAUCGUAGUUUAAUGUGGUUAUUUUCUGUCUGUUAUUUGCUCCUUUAAGAUUAAAUACUACUAAGAUUA